AGAGAGAGAGAGAGAGAGGAAGAGGAGCGAAGAAAACAGGGAAAUAAGAAGAGAAUAAAGAGAGAGAGAGAGCAAGGGAGGAGUUUGUUGUUCAUGUCAAACAUAACAGGAGAUGGUGGGAGCUUCUCUUCUGGGAUCAACACAGGAGAAGAUGAAGACCAUCAGCACCACCAACAACAGCAGCUCCAUCACCACCUUUUUGAAGGCCCAGCGGCUGCCAGAGCUAACAGUGAUGUCUCCACUUCACGGCUGCCACCACCGCUGGCUGUCAAGAAGAAACGGAACCUCCCAGGAAAUCCAGACCCGACUGCGGAGGUGAUCGCUUUAUCACCAGAAACCCUAAUGGCAACCAGCCGCUUUUUCUGUGAAAUUUGUCACAAGGGCUUCCAAAGGGACCAAAACCUUCAAUUGCACCGCCGAGGCCACAACCUUCCAUGGAAACUAAAGCAAAGAACAAGCACGGAGAUCCGAAAAAGGGUGUAUGUAUGCCCCGAACCCACAUGCGUGCACCACAACCCAAGCCGUGCCCUCGGCGAUCUCACUGGGAUCAAGAAGCAUUAUUGCCGAAAACAUGGAGAGAAGAAGUGGAAGUGUGACAAAUGCUCGAAGAAGUAUGCAGUGCAGUCAGAUUGGAAGGCUCACUCCAAAAUCUGUGGAACCAGGGAGUACAAGUGUGACUGUGGCACCAUCUUCUCCAGGAGAGAUAGCUUCAUCACCCACAGGGCCUUCUGUAAUGCUUUGGCCCAAGAGAACAACAAGCUAAACCAACCACUCAUGGCUGCCAUGGCCUCAAGCUUACAAGGCCAGGCCCCCAAUCUCAUGAUCCCUCUCGACGCCAAUGCCACCUCUAUCGGUCUCUCCAAAUUCAGGCAUGACGACAUGAAGAACCCACCACCCCAGGCCUUCUCCAAUCGACCUCUCACCAUGGCUGAAAACCUAAGGACCAUUCCCUCCUCUAGCCUUCAACUCAGUUGUCGUGGCCCAAUGGGCUUCGAUGGGCUCGAUGAUGUUAGUAUGGAUCGGUUGAUGGUUGGAUCAGCCCACAUGUCAGCCACUGCUCUUUUAGAGAAAGCAGCCCAAAUGGGUGCCACUGCCAGUGGGAACAAUAUCAUGCACAGGAGCUUUCCCUCUGUAAUGGCUGGGCCUACUUGGGCCUUCGACACAAAGCCCUUCGGCCCAAUAAAGGCCCAUGAGCCGUUUGAUCAGUUGCGGUUGCAAAGCGAGCAUACUCAACUGCUUGGGAUCAAUGGAGGAGGGACUACUAAUCAGUUUUACGAUCCUUCAAUUAAUCACAUCGGUGUAUUUGCGACUGCACGAAUGUUGAUGAACGGUGAUGAUGGGUUCUCAAAGAAUGUGGAGCAUCAUGGUGGUGGUGGCAGUGGCGGCGGGACAGGUGAGGGGAAUGUGAUGACUGUGGACUUCCUAGGUGUUGGAGGAGAAGGGAGCUUAAAUGAGCAAAAGCAAGCAAUGGAAUAUGGAAGCAUUGGUCAUCAGCAGAGGUUGGAAGGGCUGCAUCCAUUUCAGCAACAGAUGGUCCAUGGACCUGAAAUGGGAAAGCCCUUGUGGGAUGCUUGAUGUAAUUUAUUAGAGUGAGAUCUUGCUCGGUGUAUUUUGUUUCAUGAAGCAGUCUUAGUGAGCUGGGCCAUGAGAGACAAAGUCUUUCUAUGGUGUAGUAUGAAGCAUCGCCAUGGGUUGUUGGGAAAUAAUGUCACCACUUCCUGGAUUAUUGUUGCAAAAUUUUAGUGGAGGGCAAAGACCAAAGGUUUGAAGCA